AUAUAAAACAUACUGCAGCAAAUGUUUUUGUCUCUUUUUGGAUUGCUGUGAGAGUAGGAAGUAUGAGCGGAACGUUAAGAGAAGGGCUUCUGUUUGGAAUGGGUAAUCCACUAUUGGAUAUCCUGGCACAUGCAGAUGAGAAGUUUCUUAAAAGGUAUGGCUUAAAACCAAAUGAUGCCAUUCUUGCAGAAGAAAAACAUCGUCCAAUGUAUCAUGAAAUGAUUGAAACCCUUCAUGUGCAAUACAUAGCAGGAGGAGCUACACAGAAUUCCAUGAGAGUUGCACAGUGGAUUAUAGGAAAACCAAAUGUUACCACCUUCAUGGGGUGUGUUGGAGACGACAAAUUUGGUAAGAUCCUUGCAGAAAAAGCCAAAGAAGCUGGUGUAAAUGUGCAAUAUCAGAUCCAUAAAACUGAGGCAACUGGAACUUGUGGAGUUGUUAUUACUGAGAAUGGAGCUAAUAGGUCUUUGUGUGCUAACUUGGCCGCAGCUAAUUGUUUUAGUAAAGAUCAUUUAGAGAAGCCAGAGAAUAGGACAUUGAUCAAAAAUGCAGACUUCUUUUAUAUUUCAGGUUUUUUUCUGACUGUCAGUCCAGAAUCAAUCUUAGAAGUAGCAAAAUAUGCUUGUGAAGCCAAUAAAGUUUUCAUGAUGAAUCUCAGUGCACCAUUCCUCAGUCAGUUUUUUAAAGAACCAAUGAUGCAGGCUAUGCCUUAUGUUGAUAUUUUGUUUGGAAAUGAAUCGGAAGCUGCAACCUUUUCUAAGGAACAGAACUUGGGGCUAACUUCUGUUAAAGAGAUUGCUUUAAAGAUUUGUGAGUUUCCCAAAGAAAACAAACUUAGGUCAAGAAUGACUAUAAUAACUCAAGGUUCAAAUCCAGUAAUUGUUGCUUGUGAUGGUAAAGUAACAGAAUAUCCUGUAAUAAACCUCAAAAAUGAAGAAAUAAUUGACACAAAUGGUGCUGGAGAUGCAUUUGUUGGUGGCUUUUUGGCAAAGUAUAUUCAAGGAAAACCUAUUGAUGUAUGUGUGAAGUGUGGUGUAUAUGCUGCCACAGAGAUUAUCAAACAGUCAGGUUGUCAAUUUCCCCAAGAAAUUACUUUCAAAGAAAACUAACUUGCGGAGAAGAAACCUCUGAGAUCCUGGAUAAUUUAGAAGAGUAAAGUUUUGUUUUUUUUAUCAAAUAUAACCAUGCAAUUUCAAGCUGGAAGAUGGCUUUGAAUACUGGACUAUUAUGAAGUUGUGUUUUUUUUAUAUUUAGUGUGUGUGGGGGGGCAUCUUAGUCUUUAUUAGUUAGUUUUGAAAACUACAGUGUAUUAAUGAGUUUUAUUUGUUGUUUUUUUUAGUACUUUUUACUAGUGUGAAUUUGAUAUGAACAUUUAACUUCUUCACUGCGGCAGCAGAAUUCAUUCUGUGUAGAACUUUUUUGGUAAUUUUGUUAUAAUGUUGCAGUUAUUGUCAUAUAGAACAAUCAUGUAGCCAGGUGUAGAAGUGUGUGGGGGGGGGGGUGUUUUGGGUCUAAAGUUGACGUCGUUUCAUGUCUUACUUUAGUACCCAGGGACAAGAAAAAUCUGAAAUAUGUAAUGGUUCCUUUAUUAUCACUGCAAAUAAACAUUUCUAGUUAAUUUGUUCUGAUAAAUAUGAGCAUGCUAUUUCUGCAUGUAUGAAGUGUUACAAAAAGCAAUCAUAUAAUGAGAGGCGUCAUCAAAGAAAGGAAAAAAUAAAUGUUAAUAGGCAAGUGGAACUCAGGCUACAGGUUUGCAAAUUUUAUUUUACAGUAGAAUCCUAUGUUUCAUGAUGAUAAAUCCAUCUUUUAGUUACAAAUCAUUUUAAGGUCUACUACUCUGUUAUGUAAUUUAUUCAUCUUGAUGUAUACAUGCAUACAAGACUCAUGUAAAAGGUUCUCUGUAGUUAAGGUUGCUUGGGAUAAGUAUUUUAGAUGUUCUAAUAUUCACUGCUUUGAUUGUUUCUGGAAAGGUCUUUUGUACAAAUUAAAUUAGUACUUAUCAGAGCAACCUAACCACUUAAAUAAUUUUUUUAAAACUCUAUCUCUUAAUGAGUACAACUAAGAAAGCACUGCUUUAUGUUCUUACUUUUUAUUAUCAUUUGGGUACCCUUGCUGUUAACAAUAUUUUUGCUUGUAAAUUCAUUAUCUCAUGAUAUUUGGCAAGCUUGUGAGACUUAAGUUUA